GGAUGAUUAAGAGAUGAAGAAGCAAUUGGAAAACAUAUGGAUUGGCAACCAAAGGGUGAUCUUUAACCCAGCAAUAAAAAGAAGAGAAGAGAAAUGCAUAAUGGAUGUAAAACUAGUGGAGGAGGCAAGAUGGAAAAGUAGCAAAAAGAUGACCAUUUCUAAAGAUAGCACCAAGGUAGAUGAAGGAAACAGGCAGUUUCCAAAAAUGAUAUAUGCUCAAUGUCUCCUUCAACAAAAAGAUAAGGCAAAAUCUAGAGAUAUAGGAAAGAAAGGCCCUACAUUGUCAAAGGCAAAAGACUAUCCAAGGAACUCAAGUAGAGAAUUGACUAAGGUUCCUAGUCCUAAAGUCUUAGGAGUACCUGGAUACAAUGAGAAUUCUGGUUUCCACCAAAUCCAAAUUGGUGAUAAAGGAAGAAUUCAUCCUCAAGUUGAAAGCUCCAUUGGUAAGUCAAAUGUGAGUUCAUCAAUGUUUAACUUUGGUAAUGAUUCUGGUGAGGUUGACAGUGACUACUCAAACGGUUUAGAAGAAGGGGAAAUUCAAACAUCCUUUGAAAGUGUCAAUGGCAUUAAUUAUCUUGACAAUUUGUGCAUCUCAAAGACAUUUGUUAAGGUGUGUAGGACUAAUAAUAGUGCUAAUAAUAGUGCUCUGUCUAAUCACAAGUGUGGAAAACAAAGAGAGGAGCAUGAAGGCAAUCAGGCAAGUGGAAGUUAUACUAGUUUGAGUAGAGUCCCAACAUCAAAUGAUUGGGUGGUCCAAGAAACGGCCCAAUUUAAAAGCCCAUGUGCUAGUAAGAACAAAGCUCAUUCUACUAAUGACAAAAGGGGAAUGGAUAAUCAGGAGAGUCAUGGGCUUCAAGUGACUGCAAGCCCUAACAAGAGUCCUAAAACACCAGGAGAAGUAAGAGUGGAACCAAUGAAGCUAGUGACUGGAACAAAGCACGAAAGAAGAAGAAAAACACUACUGUAGCUGAUCAAUUUUGGUGGUGAAUCUUCAAAAGGUUUAUUAUCAGAUAGUGAUUUGUUUACAAUAACAAAAGGAUGAAGGAAGGUAUGAUCUUAGAUGAAGUGAAGAAGGCUUUAGAAUUUGGGAGUAAGUUAGGGAUUGAGACUAGAAACCGUGAAGAGUAGAUUUUGGAAAGAUUCAGAUGAAUGGAAGAAUGGGAUAGACAAGGGUUUGCUCAUGAGCCAUAAAGGUAGGUUUUUUUUUUUCAGUUUUUAGAAUUAUCCAUCAAUGAAACUACUAUCUUAUAAUGUGAAGGGGUUUGGUAGCUCAAUUAAAAGAAGAGAAGUGAGAAGCUUGGUGUAAAAGGAGGAAAUUAAUUUUUCUUGUUUUUAGGAAAC